AUGGUUUUUGUCAUCAAGGACAAAGGGGGAGUUUGUUGACCCUGAUUUGACCUUGAUGCCAAAAAGUAUACGUAGUGGCUAAUUCCUAAUCAUGGUUAAGUUUUUGACUCCCAUCGGGCAAUAUGGAUGGUUGCGUGGCAGUAAAGGAUAAAUGCACAUGUUAUUUGACUAAGCACUUAUGUCUUGGAAAUAAUGAUCCACGUGGUGGGCAACGUAAUGUGGACUUCAAAUAAGUUUUUUUUUCAUUUGUUACGGAUGCUCAGUCUUGGUUAAGCUUGGAAAAGAAGUUUGAUUGUUCGCAUUUCAUCUCUACAUUCUUCAAACCCUAGCUAUCACUGUAUAUUAUGCGGAAAAUGUGGAACGUUUCCUUGAAAUCUGCAUAUGGGUUUUUGAUAUGUUUACCAGUCCAGUGCAAGCUUUCGAUUGAUAGUAUUUUUGACUCUGUUCGUUGGCAUAAAAUGAAGAUUAUGUGGAUUCGGCCGUCGCUUUUCUACAGUUUUUUUUAUGGUCUUCAAUGACAGAGCUUUGACUAUCCUACGGACACCCUCCUUCCUGGUCAGAUGCUCAACCCCAAAUCUAACUUGUUUUCCAAGGCUUCAACUACAAAUUUCUCAGCCGGACGAUUUGAGCUUUCCAUGCAAGCGGACAGCGAUUUGGUUCUUUAUCCUGUGGAGCGCUUGGGCGACCCUGAUAGUGCGUACUGGGCUAGUAAUACUAAUGGAGUCCAAGACAAAUUAAGCUUGAAAUUUGAUGAGAGCGGUCUAUUGUACUUAGUAAACAGUACCAACAUGAUGGUUUACAAGGUCACAGAGGGCAAGGCUGGAGACGGGCGGUUUCUUCGCAGAGUGACGCUCGAAAUUGAGGGAACUUUUGCACAAUAUGUGUGGAACAUGGACGGCAAUGGUUCCUCUUGGUCGUCUGCAUGGCAGCCUUUGAAAGAUCCAUGUAAAGACGUCAAGGGUCAGUGUGGAAACAACGGCAUUUGUCGAUUAACUGACCAGAACAAGCCCGACUGCAGUUGUCCUCCUCAAUUCAAUUUUAUCGACAGGCAGGACCAUUUUAAGGGAUGCAUGCGAAGCUCGUCGCCAGGGCAGACUUGCAGAACAAAGAGUACGAUGUAUCGGCUUGACAACACAAAUUGGCUGCGGGGAGUCGAUACUGAUAGCGAUUAUUCUGUAAUGCUGGAUCUUAGUGAAAUUGAAUGCCAGCAGUCUUGCUUAAACGAUUGCAUGUGUGUUGUGGUCACAUAUGACAACGCUGUUUGCAGGAAGAAACAGAUGCCUCUGUUCGACGGCCGUCAAGCUGUAGAAAUCAAUAGUAGAGUUUUUGUGAAAGUAUCUGACGACUUUAAUUUAGAGUCUCCAGAACAAAGUAAGGAAACAGAGGGAAAGACGCUUGUAUUUAUUGGCAUAGCUCUCCUGGCUGGCAUCUCAUCUCUUCUCGCAGCGGCCUUCUUAGUGAUGUGGUUAUGUGGCAGCAAGUUCCACAGGAACAGAAAAAAUAGGCAGCAGCAUAAGACUGUGGCGGGGUUGAUGGCAUUCUCUUACAGAGAAAUAGAAGCUGCUACAGAUGGUUUCAUACAAGAAUUGGGAAGGGGUGCCUUUGGUAAGGUUUACAAAGGCGAAUUACGGGAUGGCAGAAUAAUUGCUGUGAAAGUUCUGGAUAAAGUGACGCAGGAGGAACUUGGAGAGAGAGAAUUCAGUACAGAGAUGAGCGUGAUUGGCACAAGCAAUCACAAAAAUCUUGUUCAGCUGUAUGGCUUCUGUGACGAGGGUUCUCACCGGCUUCUGGUGUACGAGUACAUGAGCAAUGGAUCUUUGGACACCCCUCUAUUUGUAGAUAGCGGAUUUCUUGAUUGGAGUAUACGUGUUAAGAUUGCAAUGGGCACAGCUAGAGGGCUCCUCUAUUUGCAUGAGGAGUGCCAGACCCAGAUCCUGCAUUGCGACAUAAAACCGCAAAACAUCCUGCUGGAUCAAAACUAUAAUCCUAAAAUUUCUGACUUCGGCUUAGCAAAAUUGUUGCGGGCCGAACAGACUCGAACAUUCACUGCAGCUCGGGGUACCAGGGGUUACAUAGCACCUGAGUGGAUUGAUAGUGUGCCCGUUACUGUAAAAGUAGAUGUUUAUAGCUUUGGUAUGAUGCUGCUGGAAAUAAUUUGUUGCAGGAAAACUGUAAAGUUAGAUACCCCAGAAAAUCAAAUCAUUCUGGUCAACUGGAUCUACAAAUGCUUGGAACGUGGCAAUCUUGUGGAGCUGGUGGCCCAACAACAAGUUGAAGGUGUCAAAAUUGACAUAAGGCAAUUGGAAAGAAUGGUGUUGGUGGGUUUGUGGUGUAUUCAGGAACUCCCACAUCUAAGGCCAUCUAUCAACAACGUUGUUCAGAUGAUGGAAGGAAAGGUUGAGAUCGCAAUGCCCCAACCUCCAGUUUCCCCACCGCCGGUGCUCCGUUUGCUAGGAUCGUUCAGCAGCUCAAUUUCUACAUAUAUAAAAUAAAAUUAUAGCUUUGGUUCUAUAUAAUAGAUAGGCAUCAAUAUCAUGGUAUGCCUUAGGCAUAUAUAAUAAUCUCAAUCCAAUCAGAAUGCUCCUUAGAUCCUGCUGAUGAAAAGUGUUAUGAACAGUUCGGUUUCUUCUUUUGUCUGUUGGUUUAUUAUAGCAGUCAUUCAAGCAUAGUUCUUAAGAGAUGCCAAUCUAUUUAAACAUUUCAAUAAAUAAAUCUUACUCCAUGACUUCUUUC